GGCAUGUGGGUGUGUACUGGAGUGGAGCGGUAGAUGGUAAGUCACAAAAAUAAUGAAUGAGUGCUUUGAAAAAUGUGUGUCGUCUUAAAUGAGGUAGAAACAUAGCACGUUAAAUUAGUUUUAGAUUUGCAUACACCUACAUAAAAUACUCCACUAGUAAUAUCUAGCUGCUUGUUGGGCAGAUGUGGAUGUGAGCGAGCCGGGAUGGCCUAGCUGCUAUGCAUCUCCGAUCAUCAUCUAUAUGUAUAUAUAUAUAUGCCCGCAUGUAGCUAGCGAUCGAUCAUUUCAUUUCUCACACAGUUAAAAGCUAGAAUGGGUGGGGUGAUGAGGAUGACGGUGGCCGCGAUGAUGAUUGUGGUGGUGGUGAAUGGGAUUAUUGGCGCAGGAGGAGAGCCGCAAGUUCCAUGUUACUUCAUAUUUGGGGAUUCAUUGGUGGACAACGGAAACAACAACGAUAUUGGGUCAUUGGCGAAGGCUAAUUACAUGCCUUACGGCAUUGAUUUCCCCGGCGGCCCCAGUGGAAGGUUCUCCAAUGGCAAAACCACCGUUGAUGUCGUUGCUGAGCUGUUGGGAUUCGACGAUUACAUUCCGCCAUACGCAAGCGCCAGGGGUGAAAAUAUUCUUAAGGGAGUCAAUUAUGCAUCUGCAGCAGCUGGAAUUAGAGAUGAAACUGGCCAGCAGCUGGGUGACAGGACAAGUUUUUCUGGGCAAGUGAGGAACUACAAGAGCACUGUGGAGCAGGUGGUGCAAAUACUAGGAGAUGAGGACUCGGCUGCAAAUUAUCUGAGCCAGUGCAUUUACUCCAUUGGAGUGGGCAGCAAUGACUACCUCAACAACUACUUCAUGCCUAUUUACUACUCCUCCAGCCGCCAGUAUACUCCUGACCAGUAUGCUGACCUUCUCAUUCAACAAUACACUCAACAGCUUCAAACUCUAUACGACUACGGAGCGCGGAAAUUUGUACUGAUUGGAGUGGGCGCCAUUGGGUGCAGUCCAAACGCUCUGGCCCAAAACAGCCCGGACGGUCAAACGUGUGUGGAAAGAAUCAAUGUGGCAAAUCGGAUAUUCAACCAAAAACUGAGGGCACUUGUGGACAGUUUCAACAGCAAUACACCGGAAGCAAAAUUCAUCUACAUAAAUGCCUACGGAAUUUUUGAAGAUUUAAUCGAAAACCCCUCAACUUAUGGAUUUAGAGUGACGAAUGCCGGUUGUUGUGGCGUGGGGAGAAACAAUGGCCAGAUAACAUGUUUGCCUUUGCAAAAUCCAUGCCUAAAUAGAAAUGAGUAUAUAUUUUGGGAUGCUUUUCAUCCCGGUGAGGCAGCAAAUAUUGUAAUCGGAAGGAGAUCUUACAGUGCACAGAAUCCAUCUGAUGCGCACCCUUAUGAUAUUCGUCACCUGGCACAGGUGUAAUCAUUAAUGAAUAAUACCACAAUAUGAAUUUGUCAUUUUAAUUAAUUGACGAGUGAUUCAGUUCCUUUCAUAUUCUAAUAUGUACUUGAAGGUGAUUUAAUUUAGUAACUGUAUUGUAUAGUGUUCAUAGACUAUAUCGAUAGUCACAG